CGUGGCGGUUUUAGGAACGCGGACGUUCAGUCAAAAUUCGGCAUCGCAUCGAGAGAUGUUGCCGAUAGUGAAGUUACAGUAGAGAAGAAGAGAAAAAAAAAGGGAAGAAAAGCGCUGACUACAUUAUAUAUCUCGGCUCGUGCGUCUUUUUAUCGGGGCGAGGAUUCGUCGGUAUCGUUCUAUCGGGAUCCCUUUGUUUUUCCUUUCUUUUUUUCGUUGCCUUACAAAACGCGCCGCCAGAGUUGUGCCCGAUCGUCGAACCGGCUGUGAGAAAAAAACUCUGCAACCAUGGCUAGUGUCUCCUAUCAAAUAGCGAACCUGCUGGAGAAGAUGACAUCCAGCGAUAAAGACUUUAGAUUUAUGGCAACUAAUGAUUUGAUGAGUGAACUGCAAAAGGACAGCAUUAAACUGGAUGAUGAUUCUGAGCGCAAAGUUGUAAAAAUGCUUCUUAAGUUAUUGGAGGAUAAAAAUGGAGAAGUACAGAAUCUUGCUGUCAAAUGUUUGGGACCGUUAGUUAAUAAAGUAAAGGAUUACCAAGUAGAAACUAUUGUGGAUGCUCUAUGUACCAAUAUGGUAUCCGACAAGGAGCAAUUACGCGACAUUUCUAGCAUCGGCCUGAAGACUGUCAUUUCCGAGCUUCCUUUAGGUUGUAGUGCAUUAGUCGCAAACGUUUGUAGACGUAUCACAGGCAAAUUAAGCAGUGCUAUUGAAAAGCAAGAGGAUGUAUCUGUACAGCUUGAAGCACUUGACAUUGUUGCCGACUUACUCUCUCGCUUCGGUCCUCUACUAGUCACAUUUCAUUCUACAAUUCUGACCGCAUUAUUACCACAACUCUCUUCGCCGCGACAAGCGGUCCGUAAACGCACUAUAGUAGCGCUGAGUCAUCUGUUAACGUCCAGCAACAAUUAUUUAUACAACAAAUUGCUGGAUUAUCUUCUUGAGGGUCUUCAAAUUCAAACGGCAAAGAACGUCAUACGUACCUAUAUUCAAUGCAUUGCCUCUAUUUGUCGGCAAGCAGGACACAGAUUCGGCGAGCAGAUAGAACGCGUUAUGCCAUUGAUUGUUCAAUAUAGUAAUGAGGAUGAUGAUGAAUUGAGAGAAUAUUGUUUGCAAGCAUUUGAAUCUUUUGUUUAUAGAUGUCCGAAAGAAAUUACGCCUCAUAUAAACAAGAUCAUAGAGAUCUGCCUAAUAUAUAUUACAUAUGAUCCAAACUACAAUUAUGAUGAUGAUAUCAACGAUCUUUCUGAUGGAGAAGGUACUGCAAUGGAAAUAGAAGAAGAUGGAGAGGAAGACGCAGAAGACGAAUAUUCCGAUGAUGAUGAUAUGAGUUGGAAAGUUCGUAGAGCAGCCGCAAAAUGUCUAGAAGCAGUUGUAUCUAGUAGAAGAGAAUUGUUGUCAGAUCUUUAUAAAGUAGUUUCACCUGCAUUGAUUGCUAGAUUUAAGGAAAGAGAAGAAAAUGUAAAAUCAGAUAUAUUUCACGCGUACAUCGCUUUAUUGAGGCAAACGAGGCCAGCUACCGGUGUGCCACUUGAUCCAGACGCAAUGGAAGACGAUGAUGGACCUAUUGCAUUGUUACAACAGCAAGUACCAUUAAUUGUGAAGGCAGUUCAUCGUCAAAUGAAGGAAAAGAGCAUCAAAACGAGACAAGAUUGCUUUUCCUUGCUAAAAGAAUUGGUGCUUGUUUUACCUGGUGCUUUAACUAAUCAUAUCCCAGCACUAAUUCCCGGCAUACAAUAUUCCCUGGGUGACAAAAAUUCUUCUUCGAAUAUGAAGAUAGACACUUUAGCUUUUGUGCAUACGCUAUUGGUGACUCAUCAACCCGAAGCUUUCCACGUUCACAUGCCAGUUUUGGCGCCUCCAAUUAUACUAGCUGUAGGAGAUUCCUUCUAUAAGAUCGCUGCCGAAGCCUUGCUCGUAUUGCAGCAACUCGUACAAGUUAUCAGACCACACGAUAAACCCUUUUCCCGUGGCUUCACUCCGUUAUCUAACGAAAUAUAUCACUGCACAUUAAUGAGGCUCAAAACGGCAGAUAUCGAUCAGGAAGUGAAGGAGAGAGCCAUCGCUUGUAUGGGACAGAUCCUUGCGCACUUUGGAGAUACUCUGUCAGACAAAUUGCAUGUCUGCCUACCUAUCUUCUUGGACAGAUUGCGCAACGAGAUAACUAGACUUACCACUGUUAAGGCUCUAACUUGUAUAGCUGCGUCUCCUCUGAGAGUCGAUCUUAAACCAAUCAUGGAAGAAGCAAUACCCAUUCUUGGAUCCUUUUUAAGAAAGAAUCAACGAGCUUUAAAACUUUCUUCUCUUCCUCUUCUAGAUACGUUGGUAUGCAAUUAUAGUUCAGCUCUGCAUCCAGACUUACUUGAUAAGGUUACUACAGAGUUACCUGCAUUAUUAAAUGAAUCAGACCUACACAUUGCGCAGUUAACAUUGAAUCUUCUCAGUACCAUUGCAAAGUUACAUCCAGCUGCUCUGACGAGAGUUUCUGAUCAUAUCUUGCCAGAGAUACUCAUCCUUGUAAAGUCACCACUUCUUCAAGGUAUUGCAUUAAAUUCAAUGCUCGAGUUUUUCCAAGCUUUAGUACAAGCGAAUCUACCGGGUCUCGGGUACAGAGACCUUCUCGCGAUGUUAAUAGUUCCAGUUACUCAAUCCGUACUUCACAAGCAGGCUUAUCAUUCACUAGCCAAGUGUGCGGCUGCACUGACAAUCACAUGGCACGAAGAAGCACAAUGUAUCGUGCAACAAUUGCUAAAGGAUGUUCAAAAUCCGUCAGACAUUCAGAACGUUGCCCAACACAUAUUCGCCUUGUUGGUCAUUGGAGAGAUAGGAAGACAUGUAGAUCUGAGUGGAAUUAAUUCGCUGAAACAUACCAUUAUAAAUUCAUUUUCUUCUCAUUCGGAAGAGGUAAAAUCUGCGGCCAGUUACACGCUAGGAAAUAUCGCGAUUGGAAAUCUUCCUGAAUAUCUGCCUUUCAUACUUCAAGAGAUCGAGGCACAGCCCAAACGCCAAUAUCUGCUUUUACAUUCAUUAAAAGAGAUUAUUACGAGUCAGUCGGCCAGUCCAUCCGGCGUGUCGAAUUUGCAAAAUUUCGUGCCUUCAAUUUGGAUGCUCUUGUACAGGCAUUGCGAAUGCACGGAAGAAGGUACUCGUAACGUCGUGGCCGAAUGUCUCGGUAAAUUAACCCUAAUUGAUCCUGCUACUCUAUUACCAAGAUUACAAGAAUCGCUCAAAUCAUCAUCAGCUCUCAUGAGAACAACGACAGUUACCGCGGUCAAAUUCACCAUUUCUGAUCAGCCACAACCGAUUGAUGCCAUGUUGAAGCAAUGUAUGGGUAAUUUCCUAGUUGCUUUAGAAGAUCCUGAUCUUAACGUUCGGAGAGUAGCGUUAGUCGCAUUUAAUUCCGCUGCGCACAAUAAACCUAUGUUGAUAAGGGAUCUUUUAGAUGCGGUACUGCCACACCUUUAUGCAGAAACCAAGAUCAAGAAAGAACUUAUCAGAGAAGUCGAAAUGGGUCCGUUUAAACAUACGGUGGACGAUGGAUUAGAUCUCCGUAAGGCAGCGUUUGAAUGCAUGUAUACCUUAUUGGAUUCAUGUCUCGAUAGAUUGGAUGUUUUCGAAUUUUUAAAUCAUGUGGAAAACGGUCUCCGAGACCACUACGAUAUCAAAAUGUUGACUUAUCUUAUGACAGCGCGACUCGCACAGUUAUGCCCAACAGCUGUCUUACAAAGAUUGGAACGAUUAGUGGAUCCACUCAAAAGUACUUGCACAAUGAAGGUAAAAGCGAACUCGGUGAAGCAAGAAUAUGAGAAGCAAGACGAGUUGAAACGUUCCGCCCUAAGAGCAGUCGCAGCAUUAUUGACUAUCCCCGAUGCAGAUAAAAAUCCAUCGUUGAGUGAAUUUGUUGGACAAAUUAAGGCUACGCCGGAAUUGCAGCCACUUUUCGAGAUAAUACAAAAGGACUGUACCGGUAGUAACGUGAAUGAGACAAACGCGAUGGAUCAAAGCUAAGAAUAAUUGACUUAAUUCUUUUUUUGUAUCUCAUAGAUCGCCGUGGACUAAGCGCGUUCGUGAUCAUACUCUAUCCAUAGUUUAUUUCUAUACAUUAUUUUUUCAUUAUAUUAUAUCCUCGAUUUGAAUGUAGUUUCUAAUAAAUGUGAGUUAAUGUAGCACGCCAUGUAUAAAUUUUAAAAUAAAUUUGCCGGCAAUAAUCAUUUUACCAUCACGUGCUCAUAUUUCCUGCUUUAUUGGAUCGAUCUAUGCCAAUUAUCGUGAUAAGCGAUUCAAUUUGAUCGUACAUCUCGCGCAGGAUGAAAUUCGCGAUGAAAAAACUCGAGAAAAAUAUAAUGUCGAGAUAAAAAUUGUCUUUUCAACUGAAUGUUAAAACACAUUCGCGUCCUGUGCAAUCCACUUUCAUAUACAUUCAUAACGGUUUAUUUACAUGAUCCACUUUAUAUGCGACACCCAAAAUAAAUUUAUUAACAAGGUGCUUUCUAUCGCAUUUUUAGCGUGUUACACAAAAAAUAAUAAUAUCUAAUUAUC